AUUUUUGCGGCAUCAUAAGUUGAAGGUGUGCUGUGAGCACUUGGGUCUGUUAGAUCCUAGUUGAAUCUUAUCAGUGGUGGUUGGUACAGUAUAAAAAGAUAUAGAUGUUUAAGAUUCGAUGAAGUGGUUAUGUUUGUGGCCUUUCACCUCCGAUGUAAACUUUUUCCUUUAUUUGUUCUUACAAAAACAGAAUAGCUUGAAGAGGAGCAGAGAUUCUACAUCAUUUACAGGCUGCUUCAAAGUCGAAGCAUGGAGUUACAAAACUUGGAAGAGUCGGGUCGGAUGAGGCCUUAUGAAGAAAUCCAAAAUGAAAUGACGAGCGAACAAGAAGAAUGGUUCGACGGACCAAUCACGGUUCACGGAGGAAUGGGCAUGGAGACCGAUUCCUGCAAGAUAUGUCAGAAAUUCUUACAAACUCGUCGUUUAAAAAAUAUGUACAAAACCAGAUAUUAUCAAUUACUAGAAGAGUUCGAACAGACGAUCAAUUCAUUAAAAGCAUCGUUUGAGGAAGCAAAGCAAUACUUCAAAGUUUUAAUUGAAAACCCUUUGGACCUGAGGCCGGAGAUACAAUCUCACAAGUACUGCGUUACAAACCAGUUGGCCGACCAAUGCACUGAAAACGCGAACCUGCACCUGGAGAUCCGAAAGCUCAACAGGCUGCUCCGGUCGGCAGAGGAGGAACAAGAGAAAGAGCGCUCCCGGUGGCGACGGGCACUCGAGGAACGCGAGCGAACGAUCACAACCCUCCGCGACAACAUCUACUAUUUCAUUCGGAAGCUCAAGUUUAAGAGGAACCCAGGGGUCGGCCUCGGCGGAGUCAUCAAACGGACGCGUUUCAAACGCAACAUCAAGAACAUCCUAUCAAGCAACACGAGCAACAUGUGCAACGUCAGGUUGUUCGCGGGGAAGCUGAUAAGUCCGGAUAGCAGUAACGUUAACUAUCAUUUUUACUAUAAGAACAAGUUUGAGGGAAGCAACGCGGAUUUCCAGAGUUCUCUCCAAGUCCCUUCCGAGAGCUCCCAGGCAACUCUCAUGCCGCUGACUCUCCACGCUUCUUGUGAUCAGGCAUGCUCGCACCGGGCCAUCCUCCAGGAGCGUGACAUCUCCGAGUGUGCGAGUAGGACUCAUUCGCUGCUGGGAUCGCUGCCUCGCGCCUCGGACAACGACGAGGAGGAAUCCUGUCACUGCGAUGCCUCCGAAGUGAGCGCUCCCGAAACGACCGGCACAGACUUCUCACGCAACCGCGGUCUCCCGAGGAAGAAGCAGGAUCGCACCAAGCACUCGAUAGUCUUCCAGCGAGGCGGCCCGCUGUCCGGGGAGCCGCCGAGGGUAGGGAGUCUGUCCAAGGGAGACGCCGGGAACUUCGGCUGGAAGCGGAGGACGAAGCCCUGCGAGGCGUCUGAUGAAGACAGUUCCUCUGCAGGGACGUCCAUUUCGGAGGACUUUCUAGGCGGCAACACUAAUUAUUCAAGCCAGCGACACGCAUACCAAUGUCAAUAUACAGACUCUGACAAAACCUUGACAGAGGAUAGUGAUCAUGGAAGCGAAGAGAGAGGCGAAGAAGUAUCAAAAAGGUUUUUGUUGAGGGAUUCUUUCGAGCCCUUUGACAUUGACGACAUCCCUGAAAUACUAGCUGCCGGCUUUCCGAACAGGGAACAACUAAUAAGUCCUCAGGCAGCGAAUGAAACCAAUUUGCCGAGUGAGUUUUUUUCGAAACAGAUGGAGAAACCUCAGUAUGCAACAGUCCACUCACGACUUAGAGCAUGUUUGUCAACGGUGCAAGAGAUGUCAAAUGAAUCAGAUUUGUCUCAGAGGGAGUUGACUCGAUCGAGGGCUAUCCAAAGGGUUUACCCAUCUUUAUCGAGCAGUAGAAUGCCCCGAGAACUUGUAGGCGAGGAGACAGAAACAGAGGAUGAAGAAUCAGAAGAGUUAGAAUCGAUUUUGGGUUCGGAAGUCGAUCAAACGGCGUUUAAUAAGUUUCUCGAUGGAUUAAUUAACAUCGAUAAUUUUCCUCUGAGAACAGAAUCAGCACCAGCUAAGUUGCAAUCGGUGUCUCCCGACCUUUUUUUGUAAAAAAAUGUUUACCUGUCAAUUACACCCAGUUGGCGAAAUUGUCCGGUUUGGAGACUGCGGGCUGAUUGUUGAAAUUGAUAGACUUACGCCGCAAUCACACGCUGAAUGUGGCUUGAAUGUGGAAGUCAUCGACCCGAUGCCUGAAAUUGGCGGAUGCCUGAUAAUGUGGGAUUUGUCUAAACUGUUCGAACAGAUUUGAUACACAUUUGGAUGAAAAUAACUCGAAUUAGUGAAAUUUUAGCUGUUGAGCGCUGAAUGCUGACUGCCGCAUUCAGCUUCCAAAUUCAGCGUGUGAUUGCAGCAAAAGAAGACAUAGAGAGUAUGGAGUGAUCCUAUUGGUUGAAAUGGGUUCUUGUAGGCUGAGGGAGAAAAUAUUGGACUAACUAUGGGGUCU